AUGUUUUUUAAAAAAAAAAGUUUGCUUUUUCGUGCACAAUAUCAUAAAGUUUCGAUUUUUUUUGAACGAUCAAGCUAUUUUGACCAAGAGCUGAUCAUUCAUGAGGGAGAAGGAGGGAGAAAGGAGGAGGGAGAAGGGAGAAGGGAGGAGGGAGGAGAAAAGGAGGGACAGGGAGGAAAAAGAAGGGAAAAGGGAAGAGGGAGGAGGGAAGAGGGAGGAGGAGGAAGGGAAGAGGAAAGAAGAAAGGAGGGAGGAGGGAGGAGGGAGGAGGGAGGAGGGAGAAGGGAGAAGGGAGAAGGGAGGAGGGAGGAGAGAGGAGAGAGAAGGGAAAGGAGAAGAGAAAGGAGGGAGAAGGGAGAAGGGAAGAGGGAGGAGGGAGAAGAAAGGAGAAAGGAAGGAGGGGGGAGAAAGGAGGAGUUUCUUAUGUUAGGACACUUUACUCGUUUAAAGUCAACGAGUUAUAGCAUGAGAGGAGACUGUUGA